AUGACCGAAGCCUCCUCCCCCGUCGCCGCUGAGGGUGGCCCCUCCGCCUCCCAGAUCAAGCGCGAGCAGCGCCAGGCCAUCACCGACCGCGUGCUCGAUGCCGUGCGGGCCUUCCAGGCCGAGGGCGGCCAGGCCGCCGCCGAGGGCGCCGACGGCAACAACCCCGAGUCGCCUUCCGACUCGUCCCCCCCGCCCACCGGGGCCAAUGCCAUCCCCUCCCCCUCGGAGCUGGCCCCCCGGCUCGGGCUCAAGGUGAACCAGGUUCACCGCGUGCUGAUGGACAACUUCAGCCACUACCGCCGCGCCCAUGCCAAGAGCCUGCUGAAGGCCGAGCGCCUGGGCAACCGCGUCCUCCCGGACAGCACCCACCUGGCCCUGCAGGACAUCGCCAACAAGACCCGCCUGACCAAGGCCCAGGUGCGCGCCGUCCUCCGGGACUUCGUGCCGCACUACGAGCAGCCGGAGGUCACCCGCCGCCGUCGGGUGCUGGAGCUGGCCCGCGAGUCGCAGGCGGCCGGCACCGCCGAGAUCGAGGCCAUCCUCUCCGGCGAGGGCCCGCGCCACUUCCUGUGCAAUGGCGAGAUCAUUGCCCUGUCGCCGGCGGUCAUGGACUACUCCGACAUCGCCUGGCGCACCGGCAUGACCCCGGGCACCGUGCGCAAGAUCGUCCUGGCCGAGAUGCCGACCUUCCGCCCGCGGACCGACCUGAUCCCGGAGCUGAUCGUGGCCCUGGCCCAGCGCCCGGACCCGAUUCACGGGCUGACCCCCCGGACUUCGGACAUUGCCCGGCGCGUGCGCAUGGCCCCCCCCUCGGUGCUGGCCAUCCUGCGCAAGCACCUGCCCGAGUACACUCCCCCCUCGCAUCGUGAGGUGAAUGCGGCCCUUGUCCAGCGCGGCCACAACCCCACCACCACCGCCCCCAAGCGCCGCCGCGCGGCCACCACCACCAAUGCCCGCAGCCCGGCCCGCGCCACCGCCGCCGCCGCUCGCGUGAAGAAGCAGCGCACCGAGGCCGGCGAGGUGGCCACCCUCCACCAUGACGCCUUCCCCGUUGGCGAGGACGAGGAGGAGGACGAGACCAUGGACGACCCGACCAUCCCGGUUGCCGAUCCCGAUGAGGACGACGACGAGGACGACGAGGACGACGAGUAA